AUGGGUGCAGCCUUGAGACGAAAAUACUACCAUAUUAGACCAUGCAAAACACGCCAGGAGCCGUUGAACAGGGAUAUGCGCGACCGUGGCUGGUUGGAUGCUUCACCGAACCCAUUCACGAGAGCAACCAACUAUUUAAGGGUGCCACUCAGUUCCGGUAUGACCUCCUAUUUGUCUUCACCGCAACAUUAUUUCCAAACCCUCGGCGUGAAUGAAAAUAAUAUGCAAAUGCCAUGUCCACGCAAUCCUCACUCCAAAACACAUUUUCUUAAACUUUAUCGGCAUCUUUUCCCCGAACGGAAGACGACAAAAGCAACUGAUUUGUCUGUCCCGCAAGGAUCCUUUAAGCUUAAUCUACUUUGGUUAGUCUUAAAUUCCUGUUUCCGUGCCUUCACUUUACCAUGGCAUGGGAUGCUCAGAGGAUGCUCAGAGGAUGCUCAGAUGAUGCCUAUUUCUGUUCCAAACCGGGUCUUUGUUAGGUUCCGUUGUUCAUACAGUACAAAAAGUAUAAAACUUAUACAAGUGGUCUCAUCUCUUCAUUUCAAAUGCAAAUAUCCUUGGACAUUCACCUGGUUUGGAUCACGCGCCCUGAGCAAAUCCAAUCCUUCCCCUGCGUAUCCGAAAAUGCCAUACGCGACUCGGGAAGGAUGCCGAGCAUGCAGCCUUCAGCAUUUUCAGAAUGCCCCCUCGAAGACGACCAUUAUCCCCCUACAUCAAGCUGAUGAUCAUCGCGUCUUCGGUCUCAUGCCAAUGAGACACAUGGAGUCGUCUACAGAAUCACACUAG